GGAGGGGUCAAGAGACCCUCGGGUAUUUAACGAGUGGGUCGCGUCUGACACACAACACAACUCACCGACCGUCCUCUCCUGACGCUGAGGGCGCACGCGCACGCACGCACACGCACACGCACGCACGGACACGCGCAGCGCUCACUGAGUGGUGAACAUGGAUUAUGAAAUUUCGUUUGACAUGUUCGAGAACAGCACUGACAACAUCUCCGAGGAGUCCGGGGACUUUGAGCUGAACCUCCAGGAGCCAUGUAGCAGCGUUUUGAGCAGCAACUUCAACAAGAUCUUCCUCCCCACCGUUUAUGGAAUAAUAUUCAUCCUGGGGAUCAUUGGCAACGGAUUAGUGGUGGUCGUGAUGGGCUACCAGAAAAAGGUCAAGACCAUGACGGACAAGUACCGGCUCCAUCUCUCUGUGGCCGACCUCCUGUUCGUCCUCACGCUGCCCUUCUGGGCCGUGGAUGCAGCCCAAAACUGGUACUUCGGAAGUUUCCUCUGUGUGUCUGUGCACAUGAUCUACACGGUCAACCUGUACAGCAGCGUGUUGAUCCUGGCGUUCAUCAGCCUUGACAGGUACUUGGCAGUCGUGCGGGCCACCAACAGCCAAGCCACAAGGAAGCUGCUUGCGAACAGAGUGAUCUAUGUGGGAGUGUGGCUGCCUGCCGCCCUGCUAACUGUGCCCGACAUGGUCUUUGCACGGGUGCACAAGAAGUACCACUUCACAGACCCAAGCAUGGACACUGCAGAAUCCAGGACCAUCUGCCAGCGCAUUUACCCGCAGGAGACCAGUUUCCAAUGGACAGCUGCUUCCCGCUUCCAGCACAUCCUGGUGGGCUUCGUGCUGCCCGGGCUGGUCAUCCUCAUCUGCUACUGCAUCAUCAUCGCCAAGCUGUCGCAAGGCGCCAAGGCCCAGGCGCUGAAGAAGAAAGCGCUCAAGACCACGGUUAUCCUCAUCGUGUGUUUCUUCGGCUGCUGGCUGCCGUACUGUCUCGGCAUCUUCUUGGACACUCUCAUGAUGCUGAACGUGAUCCGCUCCUCUUGUGAACUGCAGCAAGCGGUGGAGAAAUGGAUUUCGGUCACUGAGGCGCUGGCCUACUUUCACUGCUGCCUAAACCCCAUCCUCUAUGCUUUCCUGGGAGUGAAGUUUAAGAAAACAGCCAGGACCGCACUAACAGUCAGCAGCAGAUCCAGCCAGAAAGUGAAUCUUAUGACGAAAAAGCGAGGGGCCAUUUCAUCUGUGUCGACUGAGUCUGAGUCUUCGAGUGUUUUGUCAAGUUAACCGACAGUGAGCAUCAGAGUCUGUGACUUCAUACUCUCAGGAGGGAAAAUAAUUAAGCUUUAAUUUCAAGAACUACAUUUUUCUGUACAGAUGUAAAAAAAAAAAAAUGUUUAAAUACAUUUUCAUUUGUUUGAUUUGUUUGCUUUGUGUGCUGCCAUUGUGUCAUGUGAGGGUUUUUUAUUGCAAUUUUUGUGUUCCUCGGAGCAGAUUGUAUUUUCAGGCAAUGCCUCAAUUCCAUUCAUUCAGCUUUACAAUCAUGGUCCAUUUUCCUCGAUUUCAUCUUAUCAACCAGUGCUGCUGUAUCAAAGCCAGUCACACAACGCCCAAUUUCUUUUUAUGGGAUGGUAGCUGCUUUUUGGAAAACCUGUAAAUAGUUUGUAGAAUUUGUGUGUUCGCACUUAAGUUGUGUGAUUAUCUGAAAGCUUUUAUUUAUUGCUGUCAUUCACACUGGAAGUUUUGUAAAAGAAAGAAACUGCAUGAUGUGUGUGUGUGUGUCUGUGUGUGUGUGUUUGUGUGUUUGUUUUUUACCAUUGUAAACCUGUGAUAUUUUUAAUGUAAAGAAAAUAAAAGGAUUUGAUGCUUCUCAUAAUGACA